AUGGCCGUCCCUCGAUCUAAUGGCUCGACGCCGCCCGAGGCCAUCCAGUACGCCUACAUGUUCGAAUCGGACAGGAGCCCGACCAAGCAGUUUGAUGCGCUACUAAGAGCAAUCGCGCGCUUUAUCGUAGCUGAGCUUGGUGACAAAAACGAUACACAUCUCACCCCCAAGAAACUCGCUGCGUUUUACAAAGCCGUCGGCGGUGACUAUGAUUCCUUAUUCCUUGAGACGCCUCACUCGACCAUCUCCUACAUGUGGCAUGUGACUGGCUGCCAGCAUAGUUUGCAACCCACCGAGAAUGACUACGACCCGCCUUCUAUUCCGGCUCUGACACCUCGAGGCUUCUCCCGAUGGGAAGCGGUAGAGGUCCUUCUCGGGCCUGAAGAGCAUGUCCCCUUUCUCCAGUAUGCUGUCAAACAUUGGGACCUAAGACACCCCGAGACGGGCCAAGUCUUCCCGCCUGAUCUACCCGCCAGCGUCUUUCCCUCACAGCCAGAUCAGGAAGUUGACCGCUGGCACAAGAGUUGCGCCGAUCAGAUGCGUGACGAUGCGACCAGGGAGGAAGAGAAAGCAAGCAUGCCUAGCUCCAGUUCUGCACCGAAGCCCGAACCGUCUCCGGAACCUGCCGCACCAAGGUUUGCCUACUUUCACCCACCGGAUCCUUUUCAUCCAGCAAACCGUUUCUAUCCAUCGGAUCCGUUCCGCGCGACCUCUCCCCCUCGACCGAGAGCUGCUGAUCCGAAUCAGUCCGAAAGGUUUUAUUACGUCCAUGUUGGCGAUAGAUAUGGGGCUAAUUUUGGCCAAAGGCCUCCUGUGCGUUCUCCGGAAAGGCCUCGCCGCCAGAGACCUGCCGAUGACGCCGGAAGGCGUCGAAGUCUCUCCGACUAUGCUUCCAACCGCCAGCCAAACCCCGACUCCAUCCGCCACAGCUAUUCCGGCACGUACCUCAACCCAGAUUCCACGCGAACGACACCCAGUCGACCUUCACAGGGUCGCCGGCAUAGCCACUUGCCGCGUACAUCUGACUCGUCAGAUGAUGAAUCUGAAGACAACACCAUGCACAUGAGGGCUAGACGGCGACAACGAACCGUCUCUCCACAUUCAGGCAUUCGCAGGGUCGUCCCGCCGUCAUCAGGUCCUCCACCGCCGUCGGCGGGGUCCAGUGUCCCUUCUUUCCGGACCCAUCGAAGCGACAGUCGAGCUGAGGAAGCGAGAAGAAGAGGUAGUCCCCUCGGCUCCCUCAGAGAAAAGUUUACCGAAACCGUUUCCAACAUUUUCCCAGGUAACCAAAGCCGAGGUAGCUCAAGACAGAGCUCCGUCAACAACCCCAUCCGCGUGCGUAGGAGUCGCGAGAGCAUACCUCCAUCACGCCUAAAUCAGAAUCAUUCAGAUCUUUCCGAUUGCGUAUCAGAAGGAUCCAGCGAAGAGGAAAUCCGCCAUCGCCACAGAUUACGCCAGCAGCGAGAACGCUCAUACCGCGCUGACGACCAAGAUAGAGAGCGGCAGCAUCUGCACCGAACAGAUUCACAACGCCGGGCUAGCAGCCACACCGACACCGAUAGACGGCGGGACGCAGGAUGGGAUGUGCGAGAUAGAGAUCAUAUUAGGGGAGAAAGAAAAUGGGAUAGACGAUCCAUGGAAGAUGACAUACCAAGUUCAGGCAUACCGAGUAGGCGAUACCAGGAGUCGACUUACACUUGA